AUGGAGGGCCUCGCGCACGCGAUCACGGCGCUGCCGCCGGACAAGGUCGACCGCCAGCGCCUCCUCGAAUGCUUGGGCCACGGCGAACGGAACCGCGUCGCGGGGAAGAGCCGCGAGGCGUCCAAGUGGGUGAUGCAAGCUGGCGCGGCGCUGCAUCGCGAGGGCGCGGACACGCUUCCGCUCGCGGAGCGGUACUUCCAGCACGCGGUGCACCUCGCGAAGCAGCUCGACGGCGACGCCCCUGAGUUCAUGCAGAUCGAGGUGGAGAAGAACAACGGGACGUUGGGCGACGCGUACACGUGGCUCGGCGCGACGGAGGCCGCGCUCGGGAAGAUCGCGGAGGCGGAGUCGCACUACAAAUCCGCCGCGAAGGCGGUGGAGGAUCGCGGCGUCGUCGAGCUCAGCGACAAGCUCCUGCAUCAGGCGAUAUUCUUCAGGAACAAGAAGAUGCGCGAGAAGUACGACGCGGUGUUGAAGCGAUGGGAGGGUGCGAUCAGAGACGCGCGGGCGACGGGGGAAUCGCGCGAGGGCGACGUCGCGCUGCUGCAGGCGACGCAGAUGUUUCUCAACGAGAAAGCCGCGGGGACGGCCAAGUCGGGGCUGCCGCAAGCGUUCGCGAGGUCGAUCCAACUCCGAGCCGGCGCGCUCAUGAAGUGCGCGAUGCGGUUAGAAGCGCACGCGCUGCGGCCGCUGAAGCAGUGCGUCGCGCUGCACGAGGUGUACGAGUCCAUCGCGGGCGCCUUCGACGGGGCGAAGAUGCGAAACGAGUCCAACGCGUUUCUGAAGCGCUCCGCCGCCGCGUUCGUCGCGAGCGAGCGGUUCUUAGGGCUCACGCCGAUCGGGGAGCUGAUGCUGGAGAGGGACGGCGUCGAGGCCGUCGCGUGGAGCGCAGAUUUGUUGAGGGAGGGUGGCGUGGGGGGGGGAGGAGGAGGAGGAGAGAGGGACGGAGGAGGACGCGGGGGGGGCGCGCCCGCGAGCGGAGGGGAGUCGUCGUCGUCGGCGGCGGCGGCGGCGGCGGGCGAGGUCGAGACCGUGUCCACCCCCGCGGUGGCCGCCGCGGACGCGAAGAAAAUAUUCGCAGCCGCGUGCACGACGCCUCGGCAAGAGCAGAUCGCGUACGAGAUGCUCAUGAAGAUUGGAGACGCGUGGAAGAUGCGGGGCGCGGAGCAAGACGAGGAGGAACCGUUCGAGGGCGCGACCGAGGCGGGCUCGCACGCGUUCGUCGUCGGCCAGAGGAUCUUUAGCACGGAGGCGUGGAAGGACUCGCAGCGCCCGCUGCGCGCGGCGGCCGCGAUGCUCACCGGCGACGCGUGGAAGCAAGGCGCGGCGUGUCACUACCUCGGCUGCGCGUACUUCCACGAGCGCAUGCAGGCGCGCGACGGCGGCGGCGCGGCGGGGGAGAGGCUGCUCGAUUUCGCCGCCGGCGCGUUUCAAGCCGCAGUCGCCGCGAGGGCGUCGUUCGGGCCGGAGGAUAAGCGCGCGGCGAAAGAGGUCGCCGGGUCGCUGCUGUUCCUCGGGCGGGUUCUCGUGGAGAAGAAGCAGUUCCAGAAUUCGGAGCGCGUCACGAUGCAAGCCCUGGACGUGUCCAGAAAGGCGUUCGGGGACGACGGCGAGAUGACGAAACAGUGCAUGUCCGCGAUGGUGGGGUUGAGGCAGCGGGUGCAGCGCGAGAAGGCGUGA